AUGGUUCCUUCUGUGAGAAGAACGAUAAGGAUUAAAACGAAACAAGACAUCUUACCCGAUGUGCCUCCAGUUGAAGGGUUCCCUGUUAGAAAAUGGAGUAUUGAGAUUGUCUUAAUUGAUGAAGAAACGAAGCAAGAAAUCCCUGCCACGAUUUUUGAUAAAGUGAUAUAUCAUUUGCAUCCAACGUUUGAGAAUCCCAAUCGGACAGUCACUGAAGUGCCCUUUAAGAUUGAAGAACAAGGAUGGGGUGGGUUUCCAUUGGAUAUUAGUGUUUUCUUUUUGGAAAAAGCUGGUGAUUUGAAAAUUAGUCAUGAUUUGAAUUUUUUGAAAAAUACUUAUGAAGUGGAUCAUAUUAUCCAAGUACCGAUUAAUAAACCUUUACUUGUUACUGAACUGGCGAAGAGUGGACCUGUGGAGGAUACAAGUAAUAGCACUGUUAUUAGUGAAAAUGGUGUCAUUGGUACACCUGCCAAUGUUAUUGUUAAUAAUAGUAAUAAGAGGAAAGGAUCAUCAAUAACUAGUGGUAUGGAAAAUGGGAAUGAACCUUUGAAGAAGAAGAGUAAGACUAGUACUAUUUCUACGAUUAGAGGUGGUGUUGAUAUGGAGAAAUUAGCUGUUGCAAUGACUAAAUUAAAUGAAGAUGAUCUUGUUGGUGUUGUACAAAUGGUUAUUGAUAAUAAGACACCUGAAAUGAUUGUAACGAAUAAUGUUGAUGAAGGAGAAUUUGUCAUUGAUUUAUAUAGUUUACCGGAGGGAUUAUUGAAAAGUUUAUGGGAGUAUGUUAAGAAAAACACUGAAUAA